CGGGGGCCGCUCCAGGUGCCGGGGCCGCGGCGUUGCCGGGCGACGGGCGGCCGCUGUCGCUCCCUCCCCGCUGCUCUCCCGUUCUCCCCGCGGCCCCGGCACGGCCGGCAGCAGGACAUGGUACAAUUAAAUAACACUAUGAGCACCUGUCAGUCAAGAUAAAUGAAGAUAAACAGCUGUGACUACUAAAUUAAAAUCUCUGUAGGAGAGGAAUGGGAAAUGAUGCAGAACAGCAGUGGCAUUGGAAGAAAAGCAUGUUGAGAUGGACCUGAAGUGGAAUCCUGACAGAGUUUCUCAUCCAGGCUCAUCUGAAGACCAGGAAACUGAUUUGAAUUGGCAAAGCAACCCAAAUCCCAGUCUGCUGAUUAAAGAUGAUGGAGAGCUGCUUAUGGAUGAACAUCUUUCCCCCAGGAAACUGAAAAUUUUGGCAGGGGUAGAUGAUCUGCAGCAAGUGAAGGCCCUAGAGAUGCGAGUAGACACCAGAGAGAUCAGCUUGGGGAACUUUGGUGUGCAUCUGCCUAAUCUGAGAGAACUGAAGUUGAACAAUAGCUUGCUUGUAUCUGUGAGGGAUCUUGGAACAUCAUUGUCCCGUCUCCGUGUCCUGUGGAUGGCUCGGUGUGGGCUGUCAGAUUUAGAUGGGAUCUCUUCCUUCAGCUCUCUAAAAGAACUCUACAUUGCUUACAACAAUAUCUCUGACCUGAGCCAGUUGACCUGGCUGGAUCACCUGGAGGUUUUGGACCUGGAAGGGAACAAUAUUGAGGACAUCAACCAGGUGCAGUACCUGCAACUUUGUUGCAAGCUAAGCCACCUGACAGUGGAGGGCAACCUUAUUUGCCUGAAGCCAAAUGCAGAAUCUGCAGAGGACCCAGACUAUAAUUACAGAGCAGAAGUAAAAAAACUCAUUCCCCACUUGAAGUAUUUGGAUGGGAUACCAGCAAGCCAGACUACUCUCCUUCCUUCCAAGAAGGUGCAUGAAGAUUCUCUAAUCAUCAAGGAAUCCAUCAAGGAAGGUGGUUUAGCCAAAGACAUUUCAUUGUUAGAUCCAUAUCUUGGGGAAGUAGCAAAGCAGUCUGAAUGCAGCCCAAAACCCCCAACAACUUCCAGACCUGGAAAUGCACAGAGUUCUGCUAAUGCAGGGACUUCUCGUGAUGCCAGCCUCUUGGGCGGUGGCUGUCCUCUUCCAGAUCCCACUGUUUUUCCUGAUAAGCUGUUCACAAAAGAUGACUCCAGUGAUUUGACACAUGGACUCCGCCAGGUUAUAUGUGGGAACCCUGCCAAGGCCCUCCAUGUGAGGAGGCAAAAGCUAGGUCCACCUGCUGUGAGGCCUUUGAAACCAUCUGGUCUGACGACAGAAAACCUUUGUGGCUCUGGAGGAGGAAGAGAUCUGCACCUGGAAAAGGUGUCCUCUGACCUGGGAGCAUGGAUGGAGCAGCACAAGGGGUGCCUGCAAACAGGUCAGCAAGAACAAGCCAGCCAAGCACUGAAGGUGAAUGAAGGUGAAGACUGGAGCCUGACUGACAGCUUAGGAAAUGAGUUGAGGGAGGCCUGUGAUGAGGACCUCAUUGAAAGGAUUUCAUUUGACUCUUCUUCCCGCUCCUCCUCAGGUUCAUCACAGGCUCAGGAGGAUGCAGGGUUCUCCAACACAAAAUGUUAUCUAAUUCCAUCCCCUCCAAAAAACCCUUCCCCUGCCUCUGCAGUGGAUGUUGCAGCAAGACCCUGGAAAACAAGGAUUCAUAGGGGCAUAAAGAUACCCAGCCAAGAGGAGGACAGGCAGUGUACACAGAAAUGCUGGUCAAAGGCUCAUCAAGAGUAUUCAGCCCAGCCUCUGGACAAAGAACCCACUCUCCUGGGCCUGCACAGCAUGAUGGCUGCCUCUGCACCCCAAGGACACUGCCAGCAUGUGGGCUGCACCAGCCAGCCAAGGCCCAUUCCAGGACCAGCAGCUGUUGGGUCACCAAGGAUCAGGCCCAUCAUGGAUGAGAGCCCUUCUAAAGAGAUCAACCACCAGCAUCCAGCUGCCUGCUCAUCCACAAAAGCCUUGCAGAGGUUCAGGCCAAUGAAUUCUGUUUGGCCCCUGACUGCCAGGUCCAUUCUGCAGUCAUUGCCACACAAAUCCAGUGCCACAAACACAUCUCAGAACAGAAGUCCUCAGUCCUAGAAGGUACCCAGUUGCCAGCAUGUGUUGGAGCCAUGUACACGGUGCAGCUGUGAAGGAUCAAUGCUAUCUUGCAGCUUCUUCUGCAAGCUAAACACAGAGCAGUUCAAACAAUUCAUGUGAUUUGCCUCAAUUCAGGAUACAGCUGGUCCACAAAUAUUUUAAGAGCAACCACUGAUCAACCAAUGAGCUAAUGAAUGUCUUAUUACAGAAAAAUAUGGUUAUUUUUGCAACCUAUACACACUAAAACAGAACAAAUCCUAUCACACUUCCUCUCAUCCACACGAUGCCCAGCUCUGUGAGUCAGGCAGGGACACCAAACAGAGCAGAGCAUGGAGCCUGCUGCCUGUGGAGAGGGCUGGAGGAGGUGACCUACCAGCAGCCAGCAGUGUGCCUUUUGCAGUCCUGGAUGUUAAACAUGUGAGGGCCAAAACCAAGGGCUUGAGAGGAAGUGUUGACCAGAGCAGGCUCUGAAGGAAGGGUGUGUUGCCUGAGGAAAAGCCCAGAAAGGCUGGAUGAUUUGAGAGUUUAUGCCCCCACAGGAGCUCACCCUAUUCACAGGCAUUGGAGGUUCUUGUAGGAUGCAUUGCUAUGGGAGCAAAUGCUGAACAAGUGGCUUAUCCCAAUAUUAACAUGUUUGUUUGCUCCAUAGCUACCUGGAAGGAUUUGUCUCACUUCCUCUGAAUAGACAUUGCAUUCCAGAACUUCUCCAGCAGAGCUGACUUCUGUCACCAGGUGUCAGAGCAUCCUCUGCAUGUGCCUUUCACCUCCAUCCCAUUUCUAGCUUUCUCAGAUCAAAUAGACUUUCCAAUUUGUUAUAAUUGGAUAAUUUUAAGUGAUGAUGCAGCAAAGCAGGGAAGUAAGGGAAUAAUCUAAUUUUUUAUUUCAAUAGGGCAUUUGCUCCAUGUUCAGGUAAGAGCCAAAACAUCUGUUUUAGUGACUGCAGUCUGUGAGAUGCUAUUCCAAAUGACUGUGUCUUUCAACUUUAUUGAUGUUGCAGUCUGAAACCAUGCAUCAUCACAUUUUUCCAGUUUAAAUUACUCUGUUAGAUUACAUUUUUUAAAUCAGUUUAUAAAACAGUAAUUACACAAUGAGUUAAUGAAUUGGUUUAUGCCUCCUUUCUGCUGGCCAUCAUAACUUAGAGAAGCAGAAUAGACAAGGCCCUGAAACUUCCUUCUCAUCAUGGUGCUCCUUGCACCACUUUAUCUUACAAAACAGUCUGGAGCUUGAACCUAGUUUGCCCAGUUUUGGUAUGUCCUAACAGAAAUCAUCUAUCAAAAAUAAUUUAAAACUAUGUGGCAAGUGAUUUUGUGCAAUAUUAUGGAUGCAGGCAGGAUUUCACCCAGCAACAAUGCCUGUGCCCUUAAAUAGGCUCCUAAAUCUGACUUUUUGCCAGUGUCACUGACAAUACCAUCACACACACAAAAAAAAGGUGGCCUUGUAAAAGAAAGAAGACACUGACAGCACUGACCCUUCUCUAUGACCAGGGGGUGAUGGGUAGAACUGUCUUCUCCAGAUAUUCAGAGUCUCCUUCUCAAUCGACAUCUUUCAUUUCAAAGGGGUGGAGGGGAAAAAAAUUCAAUGGGUAUGUAAACUGGGUCUGGACAUGAGCAUCUGCAGAGACAAAACUCUUGGUACAGAUCUGGAAAGUCUCUCAAAAGCAUCGUGAUCUCAUCCCUCAGCAAACUCCACGUGGCUCUGUAUGUGCACAGAGCAAGAAGCUUCUCUGAGCUGGCAGGGAGGAUGUGGAGAAAUGCUCAGAAAAAAACAGCUCUCCCCUGUGUGUGGGAAAUUAGUGCCUGAGGGCUUCAUCAAAACCAUUUAACUCAGGGUUUCCUGUUGUACCUUCCCAUCAGACAUCCCAGUGGUGACUCUCAGGGCUGCAGGCUGUGUGUGACCUUCAGAGCAACCACCCCACCCCUCAUUAGACAGCUCUGCCCCACUGGUGGCCUAACCAAGGCACUCACAUGCUGCAUGGUGGUGUGGUGUGCUCACAGGGACAGGAGGAGGUGUCCAGUGUGCCUGUUGGUCACUGCAUCAGCUGGUGGCCCAUUCAUCACCCCCUCAGGUGCCUAUGGACAGGGACACGUGUACAACAGCCUGGGUGCCACUCGCUCUGGUGUCUGUGGGGAUUUAGAGCAGAGCGAAGUGGCCAGCCUGUCGUGCAUGGAACAGCAGAGAGGCUUGCUAAGAGAGCAGGUUAGUGAUCACAGCCCAGGCUGAUGGGGCAGAAGGGCUGGUAGCCUCCUCUCUUCUCUCUGCCAAUAGUUGUGCACCUCAUUUCCCAGGGCUGUCACGCUGUUGUCUGUUGCAGUUUCCAGGACAAGGCAAAUAAGCAGGGCCAUUGCUGUCUGGACAGCUAUAACAGAUCCACAGAGAAAAUUAUUGUCCUGGCUUAGCCUCUGCUUGUUCAUCUUCCACCUUUUUCAUCUAGAAAAUGGAAAAGCCAGCCAGGUCUUUAAUAGGCUAAUUAGGAAAUGUAAGGCAUGAUGGGCUAUUUGUGAAUUCAGUUCUCUUGGUCCAAAAGGGAAAAAGGGAAGUUUCAUUGCAUGGGCUUUUUGUCACCAUUUCCUCUGUUAAAAUUACACAUUGGUCCCUUGAAUACAGACAAAGUCCUUUAAUGAAUGAGCUUAUUCCCAUUCCUGCCUCUGCAGACUCUUAAUAUUUGUCUCAGUAGGAUCCUUGCUUCCAGCUGGAUGUGACCAGUUUCAGAUGUACAUUACCAGAGUCCAUCCCCUCAUUCUUGUAAUGGGCCAGGAGCUGCUGAUGCCUUUAAGUAUCUCACUGCCUUAAUGGGGUUUGCUGCUGGCUGCCAAAUUGAUAUCUAGUGUGUAAGCUGGAGAGAGGGGUGAGAACUGCUCCCUCACCUAUUAAUAAAUCAGCACUGCAGGGAAGAGUUUUCUGCUGGGAGCCAAGUCUCACCAGUACACACUGCUAAGGGAGGGGAUGGUAACAUGAGAACAGCUGCCCUGCAGGGAGCUGGGCUCGGAACAAAGGGAUUUGGCCCAAAGAGACAAUGCUGCAGCAUUAGCAGAAGCAUGAUCCAUCCAGGAGGCCUCUCAGCAUCAUUUAGCUGGUGUCCCAUGAACAGCCCUGCUGAAGUGACUGCUGCUGCCCUGCGUACUGAAAGGAUCAGCCAGAACUUAAAAAAAAACAUGGGAGAAAGAAGUAGGGAGCUGUGUGCCAGCCAGUUGUUUCAGUGACCAAGAACAUCCCUUCCCCUGAAAGGAGCAUGUCUGGGAUAGCAUCCCACCCAGACAAGUGGGCCCUGACAAGCAAAGGUGGUGUGGAUUGGGUUCUGCACCUCCCAGCUCUGCAGAGCCCAGCCCAUUGUGGACACCUUGGCACUCCAUUUAGGAACAGGCCAAAAGAGAUGCUCACCCUGUCCAGUGUCCCCAUGGCAGCUGUGGGCACAGCCCCACGGCUCAUGGCUGUUGUGCUUGUUGCCAAAGCCAUUACUGUCAUUGAAGGCCUGGGAUUGCUUUGCACUUGGAACAAAUUAAUCUUCAUUAAAGGAUGAAUAGAAGACAUUUUCUUUGGCUGUCAAGGAGGAGAAAACACAGGAGAUAUUCAGGAAGGAAAAUGCCAUACGUGUCCCUUCAAAUACACACAAAUGGCAGGCCAGCUCAGGAUCAUUACUCAGGAUCAUUUCCUACACGGUUCCUUGCCUUGUUCAGCCUGACAAGCUUGUCUCCUUGCCAGGGGCAGUAUCUGCACCCAGAGUGGAACACAGGUGCUUCUGGGGUAUGAUGAGUCAGAUGGCUCCUGCUCCAUAGUGUCAGUCUCUGCACUGAUCACACAGGGUUUGUGAUGAUGGCUUAGGUGUCUGCUGGGUACCAUCUGUUGCCAGGUGAGAUGAAUCCUGCCCUGCAAUGGCUUUGUCAUUACACCAGAGAAUCCUGGCCCUGUUUUUAUUGUUUUGUUCCUCUAAAAUUACCCCAAGAGAUACUGGAAAUGUCCUGGCUGAGACAAAGGGUCAGCCUUGGAGAGUGGAGACAGCAUGUGAGCACUGGGGCAGCAAUGUGUGCUUGGCUCUUUGAGCCAGUCUGGGAAGCUUUUGUACCUUCCAGAGAGGCACAGGUGGGGCAGGAGAGCUGCAGGACACCAAGGAGGGCUUGUCCCAGACUCAAUUCAAGGUGCCAGAGCAGACCCUGAGCUGGUGAAGAGCUGGCCUGGUGCAGGUGCAUCUGGGAGGGCUGGUCUGCUGCCCUGUCCCCAGGAGAGGGGGAGGUCUCUCCUCACAGAGAAGGAUUAUGGCUGCACUUUUGGAAACCAGUUCAGCCAGCUGGGAAGUGACCUAGGUGAUGGAGAUCCUACCCUGGAGGUCUCUUGCUGUCACCAGAAAUAAAAUAACCUUUCAGUGACAGCCUUGAUCCAGCCUUAGGGGCACUGCAGAAAUUUCUAAUCUCUGCCCUGGUUUCCUACAGCCCAAGGAGAAAUUAUGUGAUAUGAGAGGAGGUGUGGCAUGGUCUUACACAGGCAACAAUUUCAGGGGCUCACUCUCACCCAUCCCUCUACAAGGGGCUCCUCUCCACACUGCCUUCAUUAGCCUCGUGGCUGUGCAUCCCCAGGUGGAGUUCACAGUGAUUGUGCUAAAAUUAAGGUAGUAAUUGAGAUAAUUUUUAAGCUGCCAGGACACAACGGCCUUGCGACAGAAUUCUCCUGCAUGGCACAGCGUAAAGCAGAAAAAGGAAACGUUGGAUUACUGGGUGGGGAGUUGAAGUGUCGUUUAUAGAUAGAAAACCUGUGCCUGAGGAACGGAGCGAGUGCAAAUGCAGGCAGGCAGGCGCCGCUUUUGCUGGGUUUGGAGAGCAGGAGAAAUGACUCGGAAGGGACGCUAGAGGGAAGAAGAGAGUCUCACAAGUGCAACUUCCAAAACCAAAAGGACUCGAAAACCAAACCCAAGCAGCUCCAGGUCGUUCAGGAGGCAUUUGGCACUCAGUGGGCUCAACAUUUUCUCUUUACCUAUCCAGCAUCCACUGUGCUGGCCUCGUGUGGUGCCCUAAAUGCAAUAUGCUGGUAGUGGCUUGCUGUAUCACACACCACUUCAACGUACUUGGAAAUAUUUUCUUAGGAAGCCUGUAAUGCCCACAAAGUGUAGUGGAGAACAUCCCAGCCCCACUGUGGCACUGGAAAGCUGAGGUGCUUUUGGGGUGUUUUAGGGCACCUCCAUGUAAUAAUGCUGUGUGCAGCCCCAGCAUGUCUUAAAGAUAUCAUUAUCACAGCCUGUAGCUAUGAGCUGCAGACAGGCUCAGCAGGGAUCUUGGCCCUCUUCCUGAUGUCAGGAUGGCACUGGGAGACUCUGGCAGGUCACAGGGGCUGGUGCCAAGGCCUCAACAUCUGCCACCACCCAGCCCAUGUAAUUUCUAUCCCAGCCCUUUCCCCAUGUGGAAGCUGUCAAAAAUCAACACCCACAUUCCCACUGCUGUUUUGUGGGCAGGGUCAGACCCUUCUUCCCCAACAGAGAGCACCAGCCCAGUUUCUUCUCCAUCCCUGGGCCACUUUGCUGCUGCAGGCUCCUGUCACCUGCAUCAUCCACAGCCCUGGGGACACUUAGAGCCAUGACAGGGGCCUGAAGGUGAGUACCACAGCAGCUGCUCUCUCCUCUGCGGCAAACCCAUCAGCCCUGGCCGUGCUGCCUGCAGGGACAGUGCUGAGCUGUGCUGCCUUCUGGUCCUGCCCUGGAGCCAUCACGGCCGCCCAGGCCGGGGCUGUGCUGGGCUUGUGCUGACCCAGGGUACAGCAAACACGGCUCUACCGUCUGCCAUGUGAGGGACACACAGAGGUGUCGGGCUCAGGGCAGAAAGAAGGGGUGGAACUGCUCUGGGGGGAAGCAGUGGAAGCCUUUGGGAGGUGUGUCCAGCAGGAGGGCACUUGGUGAGCAGAGGGGGAAGCAUGCCCCAGCGGGCAGCACGGGGGAGAUGGACACACAAGCAGCUGGGGUCGGGCUGGGAGCACCAGCAGUCCUGUCACAGCAGGAGAGGCUUGUUCUCCUGCACCAGAGGUGGAGGCAGUGACCAGGCUGGGCUGAUGGAUCCCCCUCCAGCCCCCUCAGGAGUGGAGGGAUUAGAGCAGGUCAUGCUGUGCCCAGACCACCCAAAUGACUGCUAUGUCUUACACAAGCACCUUUCAGGGUCAGGGUAUGGACCUGCCAGCCCUUACCAGAAAAAUGCUGCACACCAGGAACAGCAGUCAGGAUCAGAACAGGUCAUCUUGCCCAGGAGAAGGGGAUUUCCUGGGAUUAGUCACCAAAUCUUCCCUCUUCAGAAGCUCAGCCCUAAAAGCUGCUAGGUUCCUCCAAGGAAUGUUUCCUGCUACCUCCCCAAGUGGGGCUUCACAGUGAUAGCAAGGGAUUAAAAAUAUUUAGAGGUCUUGUAAGGUCAAAGCAACAAACACUUUUUCCCCCUGGAUGAUCACUAACAAAAUUAGUUUUUAAGUAGGGGGGGAAAAAUCUCAAACCCUAUAUUUUCCCUGAUUUCUCCUAUCUCUUUUAUGUAGUGUCAGUUUUGGUGGUUUUGAAGAAGAAAAUGAGAGGCAUUACUUUUCCCUUUCAACUGCUGUUGCACAAUCCUGAUUUUUUUUUUUUUUUUUUUUAUUAUGAACAGUCCAGGGGAAGCAGGAAUCCAAACACAAACCUGUGGAUUAGAUUAUUGGCAUGUAAAAACAAAUGAGAGGCCCUUGCUGCUGUGGGAAAAGCAAUUACCUUAAAAUCAAGCAACUUUGCAAGUGAUGUACAGAAGAAAGAAAAUAAAUGGAUGGGGCUGCCAUGUUGUGCUGGCAUUUGGGAAGGUGGCCAAAAGUGCAAGAGGCAGAUUGUAUGUCUGCAGCUCUGUGUGUGUGUGUGGAUGGCUCUGGCAUCACUGUCACCCUGCCCUGAGACAAAGGCAGAGGGCAUGGGAGUUCAAAUGAGAGCUGCAGGAUUAGUUUGGGAUGCAGGAGUGUUGCAGGCAGAAUAGAAGUUUCAGACAAGGUUUGUCCAGGAGACCCUCCCAUUGAGCCACAAGGGUCAGAAAGGAUCCCCUUGAUUUCUAAACUGCUUCUCAAAGAGGAGUCUGGAUCCAACCCUUGGUCAAUGGUUUCUACCUAAAGAAUUAUAUAGGUGUAAUUGAGCCUUUAUACAACUUUGUGCUGCAGAAUUAAGGAUGGCUAACCAAAUAUAUUUAUAUGAAUGAAAUAAGCCAUUUAUUUCAAUUGAUGAUUAUAAUGAUUAGACUAAAAAAACUUUAAUCAGAAUUGUUUACUACACAAUAGUUUUAACUACUAGUAUAGUGCACAUUUUUAUAAAUAUUGAAGCAAUUAAACUAAAGUUGGCAAAAUAAUUAUUGAGUAGAGAUUGAUGUUACCCAUUUCAAUGACCAUGGGCAAAUCUCUUUUGCUCAGCAUUGAGGGGUGUCUCCAUUCAAGAGUGGGAUCUGCACACAGACCCGAAAAAGGGGGUAUUUUUUACCCUGCCAUCAAAAAGCAGGACUGGGUUGUUGUAGUUUGAUGUGAUUGACUGUCAGCCAUAUGUUUGUGGGCCCCCUGUGUCAGCACUGCAGCCUUUAGCUCAGCACCAUUAGAUAAGUCAUCAGUACUAGCACUUGUUGGUUUCUUUAUCAGAAGCUUUGUCUGCCACCUCCUCACCAGUGCCAGUUUCUGUCAGGAAACAUUGUUCUUCACAUCCUCAGAAUGUUUAACUUUGGGCUUGAUGAGUCAGCCUCCUCUCAGCAUUCUUCUGCACCAAAAGCAGCCUGACCCCUCCUACUCUAUUUGCCACUGAUAGCCUGAUAACUUCUGCAAAUAGGGUAAAGUCUGAGCUGUUUUGCCCCCACCUAGGCAGAGCAUCCUGCUACCAGGAGGGCUUAGCCCCCAAGGCCCUGAUGGGGUCUGUAGCUCAGCCACUGCCAAUUCAGGGUGAGUGUGGAGAUAGCAAUGAGCUGCAAACACACUCCUCCAUUUGCAGCUCUUGGCAGGCUUUUUGUCUCCUCCUGGAUGCUGGAGCCAGCACAGUCUCCCAGUGAGUCUCUGGCACAAGGACUGUGAGAAUCCUUUCAUUCUAGAUCACAGAAUGGUUUGUGUUGGAAGGGACUUUAAUGAUCACCUAAUUCCAACCCCAUGCCGUGGCCAGGGAUGCCCCAAGCUGUGUCCUACCCCAAGGCACAUUCCCCAUCUGCCCUAUCACUGUCCUUCCCUGCUCCAGGUCACUGCAGAGAGGAGAUGAGGCCAAGCAGCUCUGCAAAUCUCAGCAUUUCUGUUUCCCUCUGUUGUGGGGUGUUGGUGCAGUGGGGAGCACCUCCAUGUUCAGUUGUUUGGUGGGGUCACCCCAAACACCAGGAGUCACCCCACACCUGUCUCAAGCAGCAUUUCAGCCUCAUGAUGAAGGCAGCAGAAGCCCUUUUCUGCCCUCCAUGACAGUGUCACCCAGGCGAGCACUUGAGCAGCAGGAGGGGUGCGUGGGCAGGGUCAGCCCUUCUGGCAGGGCCAGUGGUUUUAAAGCAGCAGGGCAGAUUUCCAGUUGCUGCAAACGGGUGCUGCCUCCCUGAUUUCCGCCCAGGCUAGCUUGCCUGUAUGUGCUAGCUGCAGAGCUGGUCCUUCAAUCUCCAUGCACAGUGCCUGUCUUGGCCAGGAUCCUGGGGUGCUGGCAGGGUUUGGCUGGUUUAUUUAACGGGUGCUGGGGCUGUUGUCUGUCACAUGCAAUUCACUCCUGUUCUGGAUCACAGAGUUUGAACCAUCUCCAUUUCCAAUGCUUCUGUCACAGCUUUGUUUGCAGUAGCAUUGCCAUUCAGUAGCUGCCUGUGCUGCAUGGCCAAGUGGGCUUCCAAAGCUUGAGGGCAUCUUCCAGGCUCCCAUGAGACCAGCAGGUGCUCAGCACCCAUCUGUAUCUGUCCUGCUGACCUCUGGGAGGCCCUGCUCCAAGCUCCUGGCUUAGGUCAGGGAAUGGUGGGAUGCUUUGGUCCUGACACAUCAGCCGAGUGUGUCCAGGGUUCCCCAUCUCCUACUCAGACAUAUAUUGGUGCUUUUAACUGGAGCCACAAGCUCUUCACAGUGGGAUCAGGUUGGCUUGGGAUGGGAGACCGGGGAUGAGCUAGAGUUCACCAAGGUGAGCAGGCAAGUGCCAAUUCACCUGCUCUGAGUGAAUUAAUGAUGCUGCCAGGGAGAAGGCUGUAGUAGGUAAAAAAUAUAGCUGAAAAGCAGGAGAGAGGUGAGUAGAAGAGAAUAUAAAAAUCUCUCUGUUAGAAUAUAUUCUAACCCCUUAACCUUUUGUCCCUGGUCCUGCAUAAUUUCCAAUUGUAGCCAGUAGCAGAUGCCCAGGGAGAAGCCAUCAGAGCAUAGGAACAAACAGGACAGGUUAACAUCUCUUCCUUAUCUUGCCUCACGUCUGUGGCUAUGUGCCUGUUGCACAGGACAAGUAAACAUCAAAAUGGGCCCAAAAUGCUCUCUGGCUUUCAGGAAAAUCUGUAGCUCAGUGGCUGUGAAUUUAAUCAGUGAACUUAAAUCUUUGCAUUUAAUACACCGCAGAUAUGAUUAGAUUUUUUCCAUUAAGUCUCCCAAGCUUUUUGAGCGGUGGCAUCCCCUUGACACUCCUUGUCCCCAUACUGGGAUGCAGCUGGUGCAACUGCCAAUGGGUUUAUUUCUAUUUUUCUUUCUAAUAGUGAAAGCCCAGAAUACCAGCUGCUAUGAUGAGAUACAAUGUUUAUUUUACAAGUGGAGUAGAAUUUAAAGGAGACUGUCAUUGCUACUUAUUCACAGACUGUUACCCAAAUUUCUCUACUCUCCCCAUGCUGCUGCAUGUCACCUCUUCCUUGCUCCACAUAUUUCCAGGAGCAGGCUCUCCCAUGCAGGGCUUGUCUCUGAGGGUUCCCCCUGUGGUGUACUGGGGCACUUUGUGCUCCAGCAUAAUUUGCUGCGUGGCCCUGCGUCCUUCAAAUUACAGAGCAAGCAGUAGGAUUGUGCAUGGAGAAGGGACAGGGGGAGCAUGCCAGGCUCCAUCCCUCUGUAACACCCCAGCCACUGUCAUCCUUUCCCCAGCAUACCCAUGCUCCUGAGUGGGCAGUGGGAGAUGGGUGAGCCCAUCUGCUGCAGGUGCAAAUGUUUGCACCCAGGCUCCUGCCGGGGCCGUGGAGAGGAAGAGCUGUCCCGUGAUGCCCUUGCCCACCUGAUGGGGACCCGCUGCAGUGCGAGUGUCACUCUGCUGUGGCUGAGCCCUGCGGCAGCCCGCCUUUCCCUUAUUUUUCUCCCUGUGAGAGCUAUUCUUUCCCUCCCAUAUGCUGUAAUAAUUACAAGUGAUAACUUAACAGCUGCUCUGCUAUUCCGGGCUCAGCACAGCCACGCGCCUCCACCUUCCCUCCCUCCCACGGCUCUGGGUCAAUGUCUUGGCUCCAGCAAUCAGGGAUUCCUGCAAUUUUUGCCACUCAGGAGGAUCUGGACUCUUUUCCCCUCCAUUGCCAUCUGUCUCCCCCCUGCCCAGCCCAGCAUCACGAAGGGGGGAUGGGACAGUGACAUCCAUCUGUUACCAUGGAGAAAGCUGAGCCAGCGAAGGGACGCACCCUGUGUCCUGGGUGAAGGCCAGUGGAGAGGGGGUGAAAGGGAUUUUCUUGUGUAUCUGUUUUAUUAUCAUGUGUCUGUUGUCACUCAUGGGGUCUGCUGCAGAUGACAACUUCCACCCUUUGUCACAAUGGACCUUAGGAAUCCCCUCAGCCCUCUUGCUGGAGAAGGUGGUGGCCUUAGGCCAGGUGUGGCAUCCCAGAUGGUGGACCAAGUCCACAUCACUAAAAUAAACCAUUUGCCUGCCUUCCUACUGUGCAAGAGUGGUGGUGGCUCCCAAGGAGAUAACAGACCUUCAACAGCAGCCCUGGGGCCCAGGGAAGCACUCAGGCUUCCCAUUUUGGGUGUGAAAGGGUUUUUCUCCUUUUACAAGAGAAUUUUGCCUCCAAUUUUUCUGAUUGCUGAAAGCCCACCAUGAAAAAAGUCAGGAUGAGAUGUUGCUGCCUGCUCCCCACAAAGGAAAUGCUGCAUCCCUGAGCAUUCCAGUCCUUCCCCAGUCAGCAAGGCUACUCAGGCCAGAAGUGCUUUUUGGGCACAGAUGCUGAUUCCCAGAAAUGUGUAAAGACAGCCCGAUGGUGGUAGUGAGAAACACACAAGUCUGUGUCAGGCAGUGUCACCCAUCCAGCCUACAAAAGGCUGCAUUCUGCUUCCCAAGCACUGAAAAUCUGACACCUGCCUGCUUGCUCCUGUGCAGUCCCAUACUGGUCACUUCCCAUACUCCAAAGGCAGCAGUGCUGGUACCUCUGGUUGCAGCAGGCUCGAAACUGUGGUACAGCCCCACAGAGCAGCCUGCAAAGGUUCUGCAGCAUGGCCAGCAUCUGAAUUCAUAUUUGGCAAUCUGCAGUGCAGGCAGGGUGCCUGUGCUUCCUCUCUUAUGUGUGCUAGCCGUUACUGACAUAGUAAAAUGCUGAGAAUUAAGGACAGAAUUUUACCUAAGGAUGGGAUUUGCCAGAGCCAUCAGCCCACAGUGGUCUUGGCUCUUCUCACCCUGCACAAACGUCAUCUGCACAUCUGAUACAUAUCACAGCAGGUGACAUCUUCCCCUGCUACCUGCCAGCUGUCCUUGUAGGCAGCAGAUCGCACAGGAUACCUAGGGCAGGUCUUUCUAAGGAGCAGUGGUGGAUAAUCUUCCCUGUGGUCCUCCCAAAGUUGUAAGUGGGAAUAAGAAUUGGGAGUGUGCAAGAAGGUGGGCCUUCCCAGGAAUUUCAUUUCCCAGGCUAGGAAUUCUGCUGCUGGCACCACUUCAAAGCAAUAGUGGGCAAGGUGAGGGUCCACAGACGGGAGUUUUGUGCACACAGACACUUCUCACACUUUGGGGUGACCACAGAAAUUGCAGCUCUUGGCUUUUGGGUCACCAGCUGCAAUGCUUGCCUUGAAUUGUGCCCCACCCAGAGGGCCUUUGGAAGAGGUGAUGUAGUGCUUAUCUGAGCUGGCUUUGAUGCUUGGCAGCUGUGCAGGACCACCAAGCAGAGGCUUCAGUAGUGGCACUGUGACACACUGGAGGAAAGCUCACCAGGGGAAGCAACACGUGCCUCACUCGCACCUCCCACACAGGAGUAGGCAGCCCCAGGAAGAGGCGGCUUGGAAAGCCUGUGCCAUCUCCUAGGGAGAGCUGGCAGCUCCAUCUGGCUCUGCUUCAUAGGAGCUCUCCAAGGAGCUGCCGAGGGUGGCCAGAGUGGGGCCUGUGGGUGGUGUGCCAGGAGCAGGAGAGGAGGAGCAGAAGGAGAGGGAGGGGGAGUGGGUGGGAUACACGUGCCCCACACUGCCAAGUUUCCCUUGCAGGGAGGCAAUCCUCCAUUAAAGCAACUGCUCUGGUCCAGGAGAAGGGUGGUGCAUUUAGGGGCUUGUGUGUGGUGUGAUGCUGGUGCUCAGGUGCAGGGGAGGUUCUCCUGCACAGUGACCCCACAGUGACCUGGGGACAUGCAGAGCUUUGUGUGCAGGAGCUUCAGCCCACAAGUGCUUGAAGCCACCACGUGUAUUUGCUGCAUGGCAAAGUCUCUUUGCAGCUCUGCUCAUUUUCACGGGUCUCACGCCUUGCUCUUACUCUCCAGAAAGGCAGGAAUUCUUUUCUUGAGGAUAGCAAUGUGUUUACAGAGUUCUCAUUGAAACAGGGCAGCCAGAGUAUUUGUUAGGACAAAAAUACAUGGGGUUAGCACUGUGCUCCUCACUUCUCUGAGCCCAGGCAAUUGCACAGCAAAAUUACAGUCCUUAUCUGCACCCAGGUUUUGCAGCAGUGUAACUGCAGACAUUUGGCUUUUAGUUUCUUCAUUUCAAUCUCUUUGAUCAUGUGCCACGAUUAAUCUGAUCUCUAUGAGGCGGGAUGAGUAGGAGUCAGAAGAAAAACUGUAAUCGUCUGUGCCUUUGGCAUGCGGGAACGGAAUAAUUUUGUAGUCUCAUCUCCACGCUGGUAGCUCUAGGAAAAGUCUCCAUCCCUUCAUCAGCUAGCAACAGCAUGCAAGGCUAAGGGAUGCUGAUCUAAAUGGAAAUAUUGAGAGCUAGGUACAAUUACUGUUCCUUGUUCCCUAAUUUUUCAGGCUGCAGCAUCUCCAUGACACAAACCACAUGGUCAGUGACUGAAAUGCAGCUGGCAACAAUGAGCUCCAAACACAAAGAUAAAUUCAUUAUAGGCUCUUUGCUGUUAUUUGCUCCCACCUGCCUUGUCAUGACACCAGGCUGCUAACUCCCUGUGUUUUUUCCUUGCCUGAGUCAAAUGAAACAUGAGGUUUUGUUGGGCUGGGAGGAAGGGAGCAAGGGGAAAGGGCAUGGGGAGGUGACAUCAUGCUGCCCAGCCCUGUCCUGGUUCUCCUGAGUUUUCCCUUGCCACUUCCCACCAGUGCAGCACUGGCACUGGUUUUUGCUGUCCUGACAGCUACAUAGAGGUGUUUCCCUGCUCCUAGCCAAGAGUGCCCUUGCCCCAAAUGCAGAGCAUUGCUUUAAUUCUGUCUGCACCAGCCCUGGUGUCCAUCACAGCCCUUUAUGUUUUGAAAGCCCUCCCUUUCCUAGGCGAAAUGAUCCAAAUUCCUUUACCAGCACACCUCAUCACUUUACUCUCCAUCCAAUUGUGCAGCUCUCUUUGAGCAUUGCUUACUUUUAUUGAAAAGCAUUACCAGCACAGAGCAGAGAUAACCAUGUAAGGGACCUGUUUUAAACUGUCCAACAAGGCAUUGUUAACCCAUAUCACAGAUUAUAAUCAAAAGCAUCUUUUCUAUAGAAAUUCUUCUUAUUGCCCAAUUGACUUUUCCAGCAAAAACAACUCACUCUGUCCUCCAUUUGCCCAAAUGAUUAUCCCAUGUCAUGUCACUUGUACUUCUGUUGAAUUAUGUUUUGCACUGGGUUUUUUUCCCUCCCCACACACCCUUAGGAAGUGAGUGAUUCCUUUCCUAAGCUCCAUCAGAGAUCAACAGGUGCCAGGGAGGUGGGAAGAUGCUGAGACUAGAGGAUAGAGAGCCCAAAAGGGCCAUUUUUCUGUUCAAGUGGGUCUGUCCACAGCACCAGGUUUAAAUAAAAGGCCUGGAUGGAUUAUCACUGUUCCCAAGUCCCCUCACAGGCCCUGAGGGCUUCUUGUCUGCCCAAAAAGGAGAGAAACUCUCAGGUGCUUCUGUUCCGGUGUAAUUAUGACGGGCAAUUUAAAAUCAGCCAAGAGCUGUAUUGACAGUGUCAUUUGGAACAUAAUGGACUAAUGGUCCCUUCAAUUUAAUUAAGGAUUUUUUCAAAUUACAAACUAACCUGAAUUAAGAUGAGAGUGUAUACAGAAAGAAUUAAUGUGGUUCCACUAAUUUAGAUUUGCAGUCUUAAUUAUUUGGAUUAAUUUUCUGAAAGGAUACAUGACAUUUCUGUUGGUGUAAAGACCCACAGGAAGUGUAGCAGGUGUUUUGAAAGUGAAAUAGUUUUGCCUUUUCAGGGGUGCAAGUCUUGGUAAGACAUCUUUUAAGAAUCUGUAUUAGUACCUCCUUCUCAGGCAAGAAUAAGCUACAGAAACAUAAAGGAUCAUGCUUCAAUUUUACAGGUGUGUGUGUGUGUGUGUCUGCACACACAUAUAUAUAUAUGUAUUUAUAUAUAUACACACACACAUGGGAGUGGGUGGUUGUGUGUCUGCCUGUGUCUAUGUGAAAAAACAAUGGCUGGGAAAGUUGUUCCACUUUGAUUACUCCAACAGCUUUAAAUCAAUGUAAUAUCUAAAUGAUAGCAAGGCUUAAGGCAGUGGCCAGAAGGUGAUGACAGAAUCAUCUGUGGUGGUUUAUGACUUGUUUUUCCUCCUGUUUCUUCCCAUCUUCCUCAGGAUUGAUGUGUCCAUAGCACAGGCAGUGGGAAUCAUUGGGAAACUUCUCCUCCCCAUAGCACAUUUGACUGGGUUUAGCUUGGACAGCCGUGGUUCUGAAGUUCCCUCCCUGCCCAGCUGGAUCCCUUUAGGAAAAAACCCAAGUCACUUCUCUUUGCAGGAGAAACUACCCUGGAGCCCCCCAUCCAGUGCAUCCAGUGUUUGCUGGAACACUGCUUCAAAAGGUGUGUAGUAAUUGAGUCAUCCAACUCUGCCUUGCAAAAAGCUCCUUAAGGUGCCAUGUUUUGCUCUGCUGUCCUUAACACCGUUGAUGGGAAUGGGUGGUUUUGGGAGCAGGCCAGGGCAGCCUCCGGUCCUCUACACACCAGGAUGGGGGCAAAGAAGCCGCUUGUGGUGUUUGAGUGGUGGUACCACCCAGAUGAUCAAACAGAAACCACUGCUCCUUUGGGAAUGUCACUAUCUCAGCACACACCAGAGGAGGAUCAGGGGAGGGCGAAAACUUUGGCUUUGGAGAAGAGACACCGGAGCCGAGACCUCAGUUACGCUUCUGCAAUAGAAGGAAAUCCAAGGGUGGCUGAGUCAGGCUGUGAGCAACACGCCUGGCAUCUCCGAGCAGAUCAGCUGCAGAGUCAGGAGCUGAAGCCUGCUUUUCUGCACGCAGAUCAGGUGCCUGCAGACACUUGCAGGUGUGUAGGUGUGAGUUAGUCCUGGGAAAGGGAGACCAGUGGACUUCAGAUGGGAGAAGAGGCAUGGCUUGCUGUUCCUCCCAAAUCCUGAAAAAGGAUGCUCAUGGAAAAGCAACAUCCAAUCUGCCUUUCAAACCCAGGGCAGUUUCCUUGCAAGAAAUGGAAAGAGACAGGGAAGAAAGGAGAAUUGCCUUUUUAAAAAUGUUUGCUUUAAGUAACCCUCCCACUUUGGGAUCUCAGGACUGAAAGGCAGGAAGAAAGGGCUUGUUGACCUGAUGUUAACAUUCAGCUGUCAGCCUUUCAGCUCCAUGAUCCUCACAUGCCGCUGCUUAAUCCAGGAGGAAAAAAAACACAAAGCCUGCCCAGAGCCUGUGCCAUCUCAUUAACAUUUGGCUUAGGCAAGAUUUCUGUCCUGCACAGGGAGUGCAGGAGCUCCAGUUCAAACAGCUCUCCUCUGCUGUGUGCAGGGACAGAGGUUUGUCACAGCUUCUGCAGUGCUGUGCUUUGGGGUCAGGGUCCUUGAGCUGACAAAACAUAGUUCAGGCAGAGACACUAGCAUUUUUUGGCUUAUUGAGAACUUGAACAGACAUCUCUGUGAGGUCCUCCUCUGUGCCAGAAUGAGGUGAUUCCCAACAGGCACAAGACACAGACACAACACAGGUUUGGCUGGUGCCUGGCACCUCUUAUUGGGGUUGGGGAUCCCACAAGGCCAUAAAAGCCAGACUGCAGCUUCUGGUUUCACAUCCCACAUCCCCAUCAUGUGUACAAAGCAAGGUCAUAGGGAUGGUUGAGGAAGAAAUAAUAUGGGAGGGACAAGGAGCACAUGGGCACCUUGACCUACAGCCAGACAUCUACUGCCCCCAGGCCCUUGCAGCUUUCACUUGAUUAAACAUGAAAGCUCUGUGGUUGCCUGAGCUGGCAAACAUGGUUCAGCACACCUGAAGUUGGCAGGGAGACCUGCUGCCCUGGGGUUGGCAUGGGGCUGGCAAAGGUUUGCUCUUCCCAUCUGGGAGCUGGCAAAAGUGUGUUCCCAUCUGACAAGCAGGUGGGAGGAGGAAGGUGGGUGGCUUUAUGCUGACUGAUGUGAGCAGUGUGCUUUUGGUGGUGGAGGAACACGGCCAUGGCCAUGGGCUGAGCAGGAUCACAUGAGCUUGGAGAUGGAGCUUGAACCGUGUGAGAGAUAGAUGAUUCUUUGAAGGCACAGUGGGAUUCUUCAGUGGGAGGACCUCUGUUCUAAGUAUAACAAGUCACACUUUAGAAAUAAGUUGGUUGAGGUUGAGUUUCUUUGAUGUAGGCAGAGGUCACACACUAUAGGGAGAAAUCACUCAGUGUUCUGCUUUCCUGUUGAUAAACAGCUCUGAUCCUGGGACAAGGCUGUGAUCCAUGGGGCUGUUUAGCCAUGAGGAAGUAGAAAGUCCUGCACUAAGCCAGAUCAAGGGUCUGAAUUACUGAGCAUCCUAAGGCUUCAGGGAGAAGUAGGUGCUCCCAGGGGCGUGUUGAUUAGCACUCCUUUGAUUCUCACCCCUUGUUACUGCCUCCAGGAGUGAGGUCUACGUGGCUGAGUGUGACCCAUAUUGCCCCUCACCAUUUGCUACUAAAACAGGUCAAGAGCACAGUCUCACAGGCUUUGUAAACAGCGUUUGUCUGCGUUUAUUAAUCCAGAUUAUGUUUUCUCCAUCUACUGGUUUAAUCUUCUCUUGAACUCAUGCAAAUACUCACAGCUGACAGCAUCCUUGGGCAAGGAGUUCCCCUGCUCUGACCCCCACCACACGAGGACCUACAUGCUCUGAAUUAGCCCCAGUUUUUGCACUGGGAAGAGGCAGCAAGGCAAAUCCCUGUCAGCCUUCUUUGGGCCAUGCCUGACUUUGUAGCCCUCUGCCAUAACCUUUCCAGCCAUGUCUUUUCCAGACUGAGAAGUCCUGGUGUGCACAAGUCCUUGCUUGCAGGAGGGCUCCUCCAGAGCUUUGAUCCUCUUUCAUCCCUUUCUCGGUGUUGCCCUAUUAUAUUUUGGAUUUGAGGCUUCAAAGAGGUGCCUUUUGGGGCACAGGUCAGCACAGUGGCUUGGCAGACAUGCCUGCCCCACAGCCCUGGCUCUCUCCAGAUGCUGCUGUUUCUUGGCCACAGGCUGUGCCAGCUCCUGUGAUCCCAUUUGCGUAAUUGGCAGUACAUACCACACAUAACCAGCUCUGAGUUCGUGUUGGGGUUUUUUUGAUCCAGGGCUCUUUCUCUUCUGGAAGGGUAGGGGUGUUGUCUGGGUGUUUUUAUGAGUGUUGGGUCUCCCUCCUGACUGCAAAUCCAUCCUCCCAGCUUGAAAUCUGCUUGGCUCUCCUGCAGAGACCCAUGGUGUGUAAGGGACUGUAGGUGAGAGCCUGGCAUUGUCUGAGACCUGAAGGGAACAUUUGCAGGGCUGAUCCAGCUCCUUUCCUUUGCUUUUAUCCCAGGUAAAAUGUAUGUACAUGAUUACAUAGUAAAGCAUAAUAAGCAACCAAACCUCACUGUGGUCAAUUCACUCCCAGCCUAUUUCAUGCGGAUAAGCCCAUGAUGGACUCAAAUUGGAAUUUCAAACUUCUCUGAAGGCAUUCAGCCAAUUGCAAAGGUGAGAACCAGCUGCACAGUUUGGGUCCUGAGAUGAACUUUGCUGUAGGUGAAGCUGUAACAUGAACUUGUCAUGUGAAUCUGUCUUGAGAAAUAACAACUCUUUAUAUUUUUUAUUGCGGUUUUUUUUUUGCUACAGUUUUUCCUUCCUCCUGGUCCCACCACAAAUCUGCUCUCACUCUAAUCUUUUCUUUGGCAGCUAAAAAAACUAUUAACUUUAUUGUUUCAGGGCUUGGCUUCUUCCUGUUAGAUCUCCUAAUUGGAUUUUUACUCUCCGAUCCAUUUAGUCUCUCCUGUGCUUUCACUAAAACCCUUUAACCCUUUGGCACCAGCUUUGCUAACUGGUUACCCUGGAAGGUGCUCCUCUCCCUGAUUUGCACAGGAACAGCUUUCCUAAGCCAUGGAUGCCACCUCCCGUGUCACUGUCUGCACACAGUAUCAUCAUCAUCAUCUCCUUCACUCUGAAGACUGCAAAGGCUCACUGCGUUUUAACCAAGAAUAACCAAAACAACCCACAUCACCCUUUAAAAGGAGGUCUGAAGUCACCACAGAGGCAAAAUCAUCCAAAAAUUAUAACAUUUCAGCUGUAGCUAGGAAAGGUCUGCAGCUUUGUCCAGAUUCACCUCCCACCCAGACCAGGUGCCAGUCCUGUGUUCCUGGCUGUGUCUUAAACUGGGUUAGCAGUUACAGGAGGGGUGAAACAGCAGUGGGGCUGUGACCACUUCUGCCACUGGGGUCACUUAACCCUUCCACUCCAUCAUCUUUGGAAAGUGCUGUUCACAAAAUGUGCUUUCUUCUACCUCCCAUCGAUUUUGUCCCUUUGGCCUGCAAGCUCUGCUGGACAGGGCCUUGGCCCUGCAGAGCCUCUCAUAACAGUGCCAGAGUCUUCACUGAAGGCUUGGAGUGUGCCAGGAGUGCCCUGAUUGCAUUGCAGGUGCUUUCUGUGCAGCUGGAAGGACCUCUGUGCUCCAUACCAGCGAUGGUCUCCGUCCUCUCCAUGAGUAAAUCAGGGCUCUGGUUUCUCCAGCUGGCAGGUACAAUCCAAGCUGUCCUUGGAGCACAGCAAGAUGGUGAUGGAAUCUGCCAUGCAGGGGGCUUGGGUACCCCAUAUCCCAAAAAGAGGCUGCUGGUUUCAUGGCUUGAGCCAUGCAGCUUCUGUUAGAGGAGGAGGGUGGAGCUGAGAUGAUGGCAUCUCACCAUAGGUCUGGUUUUUCCAUCAGACCAUGCAGUAAUGCAGCACUGAGAUUUUUCAGGGAGCCAAGAUCUUCACUUGUAACAUUUCUUUGUAACAGCUUGGAGCACAAGGAAGGAAGCUCUCUCUCCUCCAGGUCAGUCAAGCCCAGUGCAGGCAGAGGCAAUGGAAUAAGUCCUCCAUGUAGCAAGAUGUUAAGUACAAAAGGAAAUGUAAAUACAAAGGGAGGAAAAAUAGGGAGAAGAGAUACCAACCCUGCUGACUGGCUGCUCAACCAAGAUCCAGCUGCCUGGCCUUUAACAGGCCUCAAUGGACCCAGUCCCUCUCCUCCUUUUGUUCUUUUUUCCAGCCUUUUUACAACCUCAGUAGCUUUGUGUUUGUGUUGCUGCAGUGCGUUGCCAUGGUUAAAGUUGUUAUUUUCAGAAGGGUUUGCAUCCUACCUGUGAGACAGAUAGAUAUAGAGAUGGAGACGUGCAUGAAUAUGUGUGUUUACCUUCGUUUCAGUUCCCACUGGCCAUGUGGAAAAAUAAAUCUGAUGAGACGGAGGACCCUUUGGGGGAAAUGAGGAAAGAGGGAGAAUACCACCUUGGAGGAGUUUCUCCAAGGAAUACAUAGGCCUAAGCCAAAAGCAUGGGGUAUAAGAGAUGAUCACUUGAGAGCUGGAGAGGGCAGAAAUGGACAUAGGUUUGUAGAAGGUGUUAUUGGACUGUGAAAAACACACAACUUCAAGUCAAGUCUAUUUUAAGGGUGCAGUGUAUGUGUGGAAAGGUGGGGAUCACAGUUCCCUCCCUGCACACUGUUCCCACAUUGGCAGUGCCAACACAAAAUUGCUUCUUAGCCCUGUCAUUUUCCUUGGCUCUGGUUGCUCCAAGUGCUAAAAGGGGUUUGCAAGUGUUAUUUUUAAAUUAUUUUUUAAUGUUCUUAUCAGAUACAUGUAGUUAAUUUUACUUUAUUCCUCUUCUUUUAUAAUCAAUAAUCAAGGAACUGAUUCUUUGGCACAUUCCCAUACGUAUUCUUCUCCAGAGGAAAAUGAAAACAAAACCUUUGGCUUUCAGACUUUUAGGAUUUUUGGGUUUGGUGUAUCAGGCAACAAUAAUUGUAUUGUUGUUCCUCAGGGAAUGAUUCAGAAUAAUAGAUCUGCUAGGAAAGAUGGACCAAGUUCCUGAGUUUUUUGGCUAAUGUUAUUAUGCCAGUCUGAAUUGAUGGAACAGUUCUGAAUUGCUUCACUCGAACAUGCAUUGAAUGAAGAAUUGAAUCAAUAUUUGCUGGGCCCUCUUCCAGCCCCUCCAGCUCUCUUACACAAUCCACCAGUGCUGCCCAUGCCUGGACAAAAUGUGUGGGGCUGGUCAGGGGUGGCUCCUAGCCAAGAAGCGAGGCCCAGGCCCUCUGGAGUAUUUUGGUAUCUCACAUCCUCUGAUUGUGCCUGGAGGCAGGACUCCUCUCCCAUCUAACACGAGGCACUGGCUGUGCCUGGCUGUACCUGGCUCCUGCUGCAGCAGAGGAGGAGGAAGAUGGCACCUCCAGGGGCUGAGUCAGUCGCCUGAGAGAGAAACCACUCUCAAGUAGGAUUUUUCCAUUGACUGAGAACCUCCCCAGGUUACUGGGGCCUAAGAUAGGCUGUCUGAGAUAAGAGAUGAUGAACUGGGGGGCUGGAAGUUCACUCCUGUCUCAGGUGAGGACCGAAAGGGUUGGGGAUAAAGGGGAGCACUUCUAAAUCAUGUGCAAGUUAAGAAAUGGCUUUUUCUCCGUGGGAGAAAUGCUGGUAACAACCACAGCUCAGUAUUUCUGACAGCUUUAUCCCCAAGCCCCACUACUGGCCAAGGCUGCUAUUUGCCUUUGUCAUGGGUGUUGCUACACCGUGGCAGUGCCCAGACAGCCAGGUCUUACAGCCUCAUUCAGCCCUUGGAACCUGCUGUUAAAAGCACUGACAGCACUGAUAGGGAUGUCCUUCCAUAUCCACUGGGCUCCAUACUGACGCACACCUGAUCUCCUGCCAUUUUGUCUGUUCCCUUUGGGAAGGCUGCCAGAAAUGUCAAUGUUUUCACCCUCCUGCUCUGUUUGGCAGUGGAGCUGUAACCCUGCCUGACAGCUGACAUGCUCCCCAAGCUUUGUAAUUGGGGUGAUGGAGCUAAUGAGGGGGUGAAUCCUUCCCAUCACUUUCUGCGAUUGUCAUUCACCUUCUCCUGCCCCAUCAAGUCAAUGGAGAACUCAGGUAUCUGAGCCAAACAAGGGACAUCUGUACCUGUGGUCUAACCAGCACUGCUGGAGGCUUGGUCCUGAGGAUGAGCAGAGCAACCUCAGAGCCACACAGACACCUCCCUGUGUGCUUGUCUGCUCCACAGUCACCACAAAUUAACUGCAGGUAUGUCCUGAAAAUUAAUGAGUUCAAGACCUUUGCAGCUUCACACAGACCAUCUUCUGCAGAAAUAGUGUCCUUAAUUAAAUCAUACCUCCUUCACCAGGAGCUGUAUUGAGCCCAAAAACAGGGAAGGCAGUCAGGCUGCCUGGUGCUGUACUGGCAAGAUGUGGGGUCACUGGGAAAAGGCUGCUACAGCUCAUCCACAUCCACCUGCAGGGCAGAGUGGGGGGAGGAGCCAGCCUGGAUUCGCUAAUUGCUGGCGUGGGGUGGCAAGGAAACCAGCCCAAGUGCUGGCCACAGGGCUGCAUAGCACCUCAGCAGCAUGGCUAAUUAAUGGGGUGAAAUGGGUGUUUGGGACAUGGUAUAAUGGGGAAGUGAGUCAGGCACAGCACCACAUGUGCUGAUCCUAUGGUUCCGCCCUCCAGCAUGCUCAGACCCCUCUUCAGGUCACCUUCUCUUGUGACCUGGCAAAACCUCAGUGGUCUUCUUCUGGGGAGAAUAAAUGACAGGGGGCAGAGUUGGCAGAAGCCAGGUGCCCUUAUCCCAAAGGUUCAGCAUGUGGUCUGGGUGUGAAGGAUGUUGUCCUACAACUAUUAUUUCCUGAGCAGGAAGGAGAUCCACAUAGAUGCCUGGGUUGGAGGGUCUAGGGAGCUCAAGGGGAGAAGUUCUGCCAGAAUACCUGGGUUGCUGUUAUCUAUCCCUCUACACCACCACCAAGGUGAUGUGGAGAUCUCUCUUCAGAAUCUACCCAGGCACCUGUACCUUGGGAAGGAGUCUGGCAGGUUGGGAAGAACUCUCUCUGUCUGUGAGGAGUCAAGAUGCACCAGUUCCCACCUCCGGCACUGCAGGAAACAAGGUGAUGGCUGCAUCUUUCACUCAGGUGUUGCACCUUGGCAGCAGCUGCACGUGUUUGAGCAGAGAAGCCAGCACUGGGGUGUUAAGGAAACUUUCCUGUCUGACCCUUUGGGAGUGUGAUGGCCAGAGUGCUUCCUGAAUGGUCAGACAGGAAAGUUUCCCUAACAAAGAUGGACUGUUUGCAUUGUGCACCUGAGCCCUCUGUGCUCAUGAGGGGCUUAAGGCUCCAGUUCUGGGCUCCGUAAAAAAACAUCUUACAGGGGCUGGCUGGGAGAAAAAAAAUGCCCCUGCGACUGCAGCCAGGCCAGAAAGCAUCCCUAGAGCCGUGGGUCUGCGGGUCUGCACCCACGCUGCACCGUCUGGGGCAGAGCCAGGCAGGUGGCAGCGGCCGCACCGGGGCACAGGGAGCACACUGCCGGUACUGGGAAAGCGACACCGCUCCCGGCAAGGUGACCACCGGGAGGUUCUCCCUGGUAAGGUGACCACCGGGAUAGGGGCCGGGACGCUGAGAAAGAGGACACCCAGAAGAACCCAGGCUUGUAAACACAGUUCUGGCAGUUGAGAAGAAGUGCUCUUUUCCCUUCCUUUCCCCACGUCCCUUUUGUUUUCCGCAGCCCGACAGAAGAGGCUUCCAGUGAGCGGCAGGGGUGGGGGCAGAGCCCACCCGCACAAAGGCAGCUCCCCACGGGCUCUGUGACCGCUGUCACGCUUUUUCGCUCAAAUCAACGCCAGCAGUGGAUGACGUGGGGCUGGUGCUCCCCAGCCCCGGGGCUGAUUGGUCCCAGCUCAGGUUUGAACGCCAAGGUGUCCUGGCAACGAGAAGCAGAGGAGCCAGACUUUCCCGUCCCCACUCGGCUCCGGGAGCACGGCGGGUGCUGGGCAGCGACGGGGCAUCGCGGCGAGGAGCAGCGCGCAGGGCCCGGCCCUCCUGCAGAUCUUUGUUCCUCCUGUGCUGUAAGGUCUCCAGGGCAUGGCCUGUGUUACGGAGCACCAGAUGUACUAUCUGAUUUUAGGAGAUCCUAAUUAUGAGGAAUAUGUCAGAACAACAGAAAACUUCAUUUAAAAAUCCAAUUAAAGUUGCCGAGUGACAGCUACGGACUUGUGUGUUGCAUCACCUCCUAGUCCCAGCAGCUUCCGUGUGGAGAAGGGAGUAGUUAAAGAUAUCAUGAAUCCUAGACAAGGAUAUCAUAAGGCCUGAAUGACAUGGGGAUUUUUCUGACCAUAGGUUAAAAUUGACACACAUUUUGUGGUGGAGCAGUAAACCUGAGAUCUGUUUUGGAGCAGUCACCUUGGGAUCCAGUGUCCGAUGGGUGGGUUAUCCUUUCUCGUGAGUAGUGGGACAUUUCACAAGAUGUUCUGGAUAAAGAAAUAUAAAGGUAACUCUGUGUGUGGCACUGGGGUUGCUGAGCACCUUCACCUCCUCAGGUCUUGCUGGAGCACCUGCACCAGUAGAGACCUCGAGGAUGGGAUUCUGAUGCCAUCACAGCCAUCCCCAUUGCUUGGGGGACCAUGGAGGAAGGACAUUGGCAUGCAGGGUGUGGGGAGCUCUCAGGUGGCUUUUUUGAGAGAUAGGAUGGGAAAAGCUGACAGAGAGAGGAGGUGAGAAGUUUCCAAAGCUCCAGCAUGGCAGCAGACACCUGCUUCUUCCAAAACCGGCUGAACCUGUCUCCCUGCUGUCAUCACUCUGCGGGUUCGGGGCAUUCUGAGCCCCUGGCCGGCUGAAGGGCACGGGGCUCGAGGGCUGCACCCUCCUCGUGCACCAGGGCAAGCUCUUCUCUCUGGAAAGGGGCUGUUUUCUCUGCUCUACCCAGACACCUGCUGGGGCAGGUGGAGGUCUGGGCCCUGCUGCGGACAGGCUGAGCACUUCCAGGCGGGAAUGAGCCCGCCCAUACAGCCCCACGGAGCCAGGAGUCAGGGACAGGGAAGUACGGGGUGGUUUUGCUUGGUUCCUUUUUAGGA